UGCACUCUCUUCGGUAUGAAAGUAUCAGUCCCUAUCCGUCGUCGUACGUACACGUAACCAUACAAUUUUGUUUUUCUUUUUCAGUUAUUUUUCUGUCUUUCUUGAACGGUUUGAAUGAGUGUAUAUAUGGUAGCAGUCUACUUGUUUAGUCUUUGUUGUGAUUCUGUGCAGUUGAAUAGAAGUUUUAAAAUGAAACUCGGUAUGAAUUCGGAUACGGAAUAUUAUUGAUAUAACCACGGACUUUUUGCCAUUAAAAAUUCUAUUGGUGACAGUGAUGGAUGUCAGUGAUUCAUUUUAUUAAAUUUUGUUAAAGUAAUGAGAUGUCGAUUCAAUUGACUCAAACUGCGAUAUCAAAUUGUUUGCAAAAAGCUUUACUUUUGGCUAUCAGAUGAAUGGCCAGAACAAAAGAUUAUGAACACAUACAGCACCUGUUGAUGGUUCAUGAAAUUAACAUAACCAUUAAUUGAAAAAUAUCAAAUCGGUACAUCCGGAGUGAAUUAAUUUAUCAAAAAAAAUCUGUGAUAUUACGUGCCUCUGAAACAAUAAUUACACAACUAAGUGGACACAGUGCGGCUCUAGUAACCAAAUCGUUCACUGGUUAAAUAAAAAUCAAAUUUUUAAUAUUAAAACCAAAGGAAAAAAAAUUGUUUUUCAAGAGAAAUCCAAAUUCAUGCAUCUAGGUUUGCAUGAACUUGAACUAUGAACACGAUGGCCAUACUUGGAACAUUCGUAAAAUUUAAUUUAAUUCUGACGAUCUUGACUUUAUGCUAUUUUAAUGCGGUUGCCAGUGGCUAUCGAAUCGGUGUUGGUCGUGCCGACUGUACGGGACCGCCGGUUGAAGUGGUAUUCAUGGGAUAUGCUCAAGUAUCACAGAAAGGACACGGCCUGCAUUUACGACAAUAUUCGCGAGCGUUCAUAGUUGACGACAACACGAAGCGCGUUGUUUUUGUAAGCUUCGACGGCGCAAUGAUCGGAUAUACAGUUAAGCGUGAUGUUGUUACGUUGCUGCAGAAACAGUACGGAAAGCAAUACACAUUGGACAAUGUUGUGAUAAGUGGGACGCAUACGCACAGUACGCCAGGGGGAUUUAUGAUGAAUCUGUUGUACGAUCUGACGACAUUUGGUUUUGUUGGUGAAACUUAUCGAGCUCUAAUUGAUGGCAUAUCCAAUAGUAUAGUCAAUGCACAUAAUAAUCUACAAAAUGGUCGGAUUUAUAUUGGCGAAACGGAAGUGCUGGAAGCUAAUAUAAACCGAAGUCCAUCCUCCUAUAUGUUCAAUCCUGAAGAGGAACGAUCACAGUACCAAUACGACACUGACAAAACCCUAACACAAAUUCGAUUUGUUAGUGAGGACAACAACGUCAUUGGGGCCAUCAAUUGGUUUGCCGUUCAUCCUACGUCCAUGAACAAUACGAACCACUUUGUAUCCUCCGAUAAUGUUGGCUAUGCUGCAAUUUUACUGGAACAGCAUAUGAAUCCGAAAAAUCUUCCCGGACGGGGAACGUUUGUUGGAGCAUUUGCGUCGGCAAAUCUAGGUGACGUCUCACCCAACAUUAUGGGACCGAAAUGUGCGUUGUCCGGUGAAAAAUGUGACCUGGUCACAUCGUCAUGUCCGGCGAAACACGGCCAAUGCUUUGCUUCUGGUCCGGGAAGAGAUCAUUUCGAGAGCACCAAAAUUAUAGCCACUCGAUUGUUUGAAGGUGCCUCGAAAAUUCUGAAAGAAUCGAGUGGACGUGAAAUUUCUGGAAAUGUAAAUUUCGUUCACCAGUUCGUCGACAUGCCGGCCUACAGGACCACCUAUUUCAAUCCGAAAAAGAAGAAGUCAGAAAAUGUACGAGGUUGUCUGCCAGCAAUGGGAUACAGUUUCGCAGCAGGAACAACAGACGGACCUGGUGCGUUCGACUUUACUCAGGGAACAACGACUGACAAUCCUCUGUGGAACGCGGUACGAGACUUUUUGGCGGCUCCAACACAAGACGACAUAAAAUGUCAACAUCCCAAGCCGAUUCUCCUAUCAACUGGACGGGCUUCAUUUCCCUAUGAAUGGCAACCGAAAGUCGUUUCCACCCAACUGCUACAAAUCGGUGAUGUUAUAUUGGCCGCUGUUCCUGGCGAAUUUACCACAAUGUCAGGUCGUCGCUUAAGGCAGUCGGUGCGAAAUGCAAUACUGCAAGCAGGCGGAGACGAUGUCCAGGUUAUUGUGGCCGGAUUAUCGAAUAUGUAUUCCAGUUACGUGGCAACGCCGGAAGAAUAUCAAGCGCAGAGAUAUGAAGCAGCGAGCACGAUAUUUGGACCACAUACACUGACGAUUUACAUUGAUCAAUUUCAAUAUUUGUGCCAAGCAAUGGUGAAAAAUGAAACAAUUUUAUCCGGCCCGACUCCGCCAUUCCUUGACGAUAAGGUGAUCUCAUUCCAACCGGUAGUGCUAUUUGACACAACACCAUCGGAACGGAAAUUCGGUGACGUUCUACGUCAACCAAAUAAAAUGUACAAAACGGGCGACCAGGUCACCGUGGUAUUCAUAUCGGGCAAUCCACGAAAUAAUCUGCAACACGGAAAGACUUACUUAACCGUUGAGUACCAGACAGCCAAUGGCGACUGGAAAAUCGUUGCGGUCGAUUCGAAUUGGGAAACGAAGUUCGUGUGGAAACGGACGUCAUUUAUUUUGGGACAUAGUACAACAGAGGUCAUAUGGGACAUACCAGAUACGGCCGACGAAGGAAAUUAUCGCAUACGCCACUAUGGUUCGGCGAGACAUAUUUUCGGAGGAUUUAGUCAGUAUGAGGGAACAUCGGACGCAUUUGCCGUUUAUAAAGGUGGACAGCAAGUGGCACUUUUAUGAGAAUGUUGGGGUAACAAUGGAAUAUCGGGGACUGAGAGAAAAUUUUAAACAAAAAAAAAACCGACAAAAUGCUAAAAAGACUUGAAUUCGCUUUAAAUUAACGAUCCCAAAAAGAAUGUGGCAAUCAUAGCCAGUGAUUUUUAGUAAAUUAAUCGCUAUAGUUGUACGCUAAAAAAACUAAAACUAAAAUGUUAGAAAUAUUGAAUGGCUUUAACUUGGUUACGGACAAAAUUUAACCUUUUUUUUUAAAUAAUAAAAACUGAAAUGAAC